AAUUGGCGGUGGAACUGCCAAGUGUGCGGUUGUGUCUUGAUCGGAGUCUCUUGAAAUUGAACUUGGAAUUGGAACUGAAACUGGUGCACCAUGAGUGGACGCGCUAUCAUCGCUCUUUUGGCCCUACUGGGAAUUGCCGGCUUGGGUUCUGUUGACGCUCGCAAGGGCUAUGGAUCUGGAGAGCAGGACUGGGGAUUUGUGGAUGUCAGGACUGGCGCCCACAUGUUCUACUGGCUGUUCUACACCACCGCCAAUGUCACUAGUUACACGGAGCGUCCACUGGCUAUUUGGCUCCAAGGAGGUCCAGGUGCCUCCUCCACGGGAUACGGAAACUUUGAGGAGCUGGGUCCCCUGAAGCUCGACGGCAGCUACCGCGACUGGACUUGGGUCAAGGACAUGAACGUGAUGUUCAUCGACAACCCCGUGGGCAGUGGCUUCAGCUACGUGGACGGAUCUUCCUACUACACGACCACCAACAAGCAGAUCGCCCUGGAUCUCGUGGAGCUAAUGAAGGGCUUUUACACAAAGCACCCGGAAUUUAAGACCGUGCCGCUGCACAUCUUCUGCGAGAGUUACGGCGGAAAAAUGGCCCCGGAGUUCGCCUUGGAGCUGGAGUACGCCAUCCAGCGGGGAGAGAUCGAGAGCAACUUUGUUUCGGUGGCGUUGGGAGAUCCCUGGACCUCCCCCAUCGACUCUGUGCUCUCAUGGGCACCCUUCCUGCUGCAGUUGGGAAUCGUGGAUCAGGAUGGCCACGACAAGAUUGAAGCUUCGGCCCUGAAGACUAAGGACUACGUGGACCGCGAGAGGUGGACCCAAGCCACUCUGCAGUGGAGCUCCACCCAGUCGGUGGUGCUGCGCGAGACCAAGGGAGUGGACUUCUAUAAUGUGGAGACUCCAACCCUGGGCGAUCAGUAUAGGUUAAUGUCCCGAGCUGCCAUGACUCCGGAGGAGGUCAUGUACCGCACCCUCGUGAAAUUCGAUGUGGAUGAGGACCGCGACAAGUUGCUGGAGGAUCUAAUGCUUGGACCUGUCACCGAGGCCCUUGGAAUCGACACCGGAGUCAAGUGGGGCGCCCAGAGCGGAACUACCUUCACCAAGCUGAUGGGCGAUUUCAUGAAGCCAGCUGUGGAUAUUGUGGGUGAGCUGCUGAGCAACACCACCGUAAAGGUGGGCGUGUUCUCCGGAGGACUUGACCUGAUCUGCGCCACUCCGGGAGCCGUCAAUUGGAUCGAAGCCAUGGAGUGGACCCACAAAUCCUCUUACCAGGCCUCUCCCCGCGUGGGAAUCACCGUAGACCGAGUUCUGGAGGGUUACGAGAAGACCUAUGGCAACUUCAGCAUGUUCUGGGUAAACAGGGCUGGUCACAUGGUUCCUGCCGAUAAUCCCGCGGCCAUGUCGCACAUCCUGCAACACUUUACCAAAUUCGGUUAAUCGAAUUGCUAGGGGACAAGCCUAAAAUAAAGAUUAUAUUCGAAAA